AUGGCGGGCGGCUCCAUGCAGCGCGCCGCUCGGCAGUCGCGCGGCCGAAGUGGCGGGCGCGCUGGAGGCGGGAAUAGCGCGGAAGGAGCCUCGGGCUCCUUCGGCGAUCGAGCCGGGUGCAGUGACACUGAGGAAGAACGCUUCUGGAUAGAGAAGGACGUGGAAUUUUUCAGCGCCAUCAAUCCCCGGCUUCUGGGUCUUCUCCACCAUCACAAGCGCAGCAGCGAGGCCUUUCUUUCGGCGGUUCUUCCCUAUCUGCGAUCCCGGAGUCAAGGACACGCAGGCGACCGCUCUGCGGGCCGCAACUCCCCCGGUGAACCGUCGCAGGCGUUCGCGCUGAGAGUCCCUGUGGGGGACUUCUUGCGGCGUGGCCGGAAGAGCGGAGACGGCGGCGCUCGCCCGCCUGUCGCCGACGCCUGCGCAGAGGCUGUACAGGACAAAGCUCGCGAUGAAGGCGAGCAGACGGCGGACGACAGCCACAAACGCGUGGCAUCGUCUCCGCCGUGCCGAAGCCGAUCCGCCGAAGAAGCACCGCCAGACCGAGACGCUUCGUCCCACCCCGUCCGUUCCUCUUCGGCUGACGCAGCGGGGGGCAGUCGGAACCUCACAGAUGAGGCCAGUUGCCUCUCCGAACGCACGCCACCGCCGUCGCUGUCCCCGCUGCGCCGAAGCACGUCUGCGUCUAGUCUAGACACCCCUCAGUCCGUCCCCGCUGGCGACCAAGCCGGCGAGGCUGCGGUCUCCUUGGGCCUGUCGGCCUCGGCUGCCGCACCCGUGGACGCCGAUGUGCCUAGGAAUGUUCCGAACACCUCUCGGAGGAGCGCAGCGUCCGAUGGCGAGGGCGGCCGAUGCGCAGAAACGCGUCCUUCCCUUUCGCCUUCGCGUCUCGCUUCGUCUCGACCUCGGACUUUUGCUCCCUCGCUUCUUCGUUCUGCUGGCCCAUCUGUGCCCAACUGUCUCGUGCAGAUCUGGCCCCACCACACGGGAAAGAUUUCCCUGGAGCGGCCGUCGUACUCGGGGGAGACGGGGAGGAUCGUCCGGCACAUGUGGCCAUCGAAUUUGCUUGUUGACUUGGAUCCGACAGCGCUGGCUUCCCCGCCUCCUCGGGAGAAGAAAGCGGCUUUGGAGCGAAAGAAACAAGGCGGCCGCUCUCAAGCGCGAACGGCGGGGAGGGUGGAAGGCGAGAAGAAAGAGCGCGAGGAGAGCUGUCUCUCCUCAGAAGCCGAGAAGACGGGCCGUCCAGAGAGUCGCGCCACGAAUCGGCUGCCGACGCAUUCACUGUUCACCUCUGGCGACUCGCCUGCCGAGUGUGUAGGUUCGAAGGAGAUGAGAGGAGACGCUGACGAAUCGUCAGCAGGCGACGCUGAACAGGAUUCGGCGGCUCCUUGCGCACGCAGGACAGAUGCGAAUGGCAGUCCGGAAGCAGAGAAGAAAGAAUCCCACGAGCGUUCGCGUGGCGGCGCGGGCGGAGGCAGUGACGGGGACCUAGAAGAUCACCAGGCGGUGGACGAACAUGCAGACGGAGUGACGGAGGAGUUACCAGGUCUAGUAAAACAGGAGACACAUCGCGGCAGAGAAGAGGGACUCUGCAGCGGUCGCAAGUCCCCCGGCGGACAGGCAAGCGACUCCUGCAGACUGGACACUGAGGGGAGAGGAGCGGGAGAGACUGGAGACAGCGCCGUGCGGCCUUCCAAUCCGCCAGGGGAAGGUGGACGCGCGGGCAAGGCGAGUCGGCGUGGGUCUGUGGAGUGCUGCGAGGCGAGGCCAGCUGGGAUUCACUCCACAGGCGAGGACGACAACGGAGAGAAUAAUGAGGGAGACCGCGAAAAGGUCGCGCAGGACUGCACGUCGCCGGCUCAGCCGAGUCUCUCCAAAUGCAGUCAGGGAGGCAGAGAGGAGAGCCUACCGGAUGCGGACAAAAGCAGCGAAGGGCUCUAUUCGCGUGUGACGUCCGCCACACUGUUGUCAGGAGUGAAGCGGGAAGUCGAAGAGCGAGAAGAUGACAGUAAACGGGUGAAGCCCGCGGCCGUGUCGUUGAGCGGGGUCUCGGAUGCGAAGGUGAGCCCGAGAAAGGGCUUUGAGAGGACGAUCUCCCCCUCGGAAAUGUGGAAGCGCGAAGAAGACGAGAAGGAGGCGUUGUGUCUCCAGAUGAACAAGAACCGGAGCAUUUUCUCUCUCGUUCCCGGGGCGAACGAUCCGGUGUUGCUCACCUCUCUCCACGAGCUCCAACUGAAUGCACACCUAAAGUACCAGUCUCGGGACUUGACCGUGUUCUCGCAUUCUGGCGAAACCCAGCGCCGAGCCGCUUCUGCGCCGCGGGCCGCCAGCCGUCUCGGGUCGUCUGCGUGCGGCGGGGGCCGGGCGGGGCCGAGGAGAGGGCCCAUUUUCGACCGCGAGGAGACGGGCGAGGGCGACGUGUUCUCAGCCCCUGCGAGUCCCGCAGGGCGAACGUCUGGAGGCGGAGGCCGCGAGAGACGCCUCGCGCUGGCGGGGCGUCCUCGGCGCAGCAGCGACUCCGAAUCCGGUUUCGCUCACUUCCGCCAAGUGGGAACAGACUGCCGGGGGGAGGGCCAGGCACCCGCGAGAAGACGCGACGGCACGUUCGCCCCGCUCCACGAGAAGGCCAGUUCGCGACUUUCUGGGUCUGCGCCUGGCGAGAAAGAGGCGCGGGUGAGCGCGCGGGACCCCAGCGAGAAAGAGAGGAGCCGCCGGAGUAGUCCGGUGGGGCGCGAGGCGAAGGCCGUUCUGGAGGGCGGCGAAGAGGACCUCGGCGAGGCGGGAGCAGACGACUUGUUCGUACCAACCGUCAACAAGAAGUGGAACGGGGCGAUGCGUCUUCCUGCCUUCCCUACCUGCAGACCUCCGGAUGCCUUCGUCCUCAGCAUGUUUGUGCCGCCGAAUGUGCGUCCAGCAGACUUCCCCGCGGACACGAACGCCCAAGGAGAUGUCUCCGCCUUCCUCGCGGUCGUGAUGGAGGCGGCGACGACGACCUCGGCCGACUGGGACGCGCACGCACACGCCCCUGCGCCUGUGGACGGGAGCAACUUCGCUGAGGACUGUGGGGAGGACGGGGAGGCAGAGACCCGAGAGGAGGACGGGGCGAGGGCCUCGACUGCGAAGCUGGUGUCGAUGAGUUUGGAGCCUGCCGAUCGCGUCUCUCCUCGAGGUUCUAGCUCCCAGGAACCCAGUCGAAAUGGGGAGUUCGGCACACUGGUGCGGGAUGCGGAAAGGAGUCGCGAGAAGCUGAAGAGCGCAGGGAGUGAGUGUGCGCCCCGACCCGUGAGCGUGCGCCCGGAGGCGGAGCAACACGGCGCUGCGCAGCGGCGAGAUCUUUCAAAGGACGGGGGCCAGGUGAAGAGUCCUGGAGGCAGGAGACGGAGACGCUCGAGUUCCACAGGGUCCGGCGGGGAGCGAACGAGCGGGAAGCGCGGCACGUCGAAGGACGAGAAGAAGAGAACGCCAGGAACGGGCCCUCCGGUUCCCCUCCCGCCAAGAAGCAGCACAGGCCGCUUCAUGAGACGCGAGAGUCUCCCAGAGACCCAGACAGAGCCGUCGUCGAGCAAACCCCGGGCAUCUUUGUCUCCGAGUUCAGCUGCGCUGCUCUUCGCCUCGCCGCGAAAGCGACCGAGGCGACGGCUGCCGCUUCCCACCGUCCUGUCUGGGCCUCUCCCCGCGUGGAUUGAUUGCGCGGAAGGUCGGCCGGGGCAUGCGCCCGUCUCCCAGGGCUCCAGAGGAUCCUCCAUCCCGCUGAAAGCUUGCGCUCGCGUCUCUGCGUCGCUCGCCUGUUGCGGACCUGUGCAGAGCGCACCAAACGGUGCCUGCGGGGAAGUCGCACCGAGCCCAUGCUGGGGGAGACCGGCGUGGCCGGAGAAAACGGUUCCUCCGUUCCAUAUUUUCGGAAAUGGAAACCCCGGGACGUCGGGCGCGAACGGAGAGAGCGCCCGAGGCGGAGAUCCCGAGACCUUGUGCUGGGUAGAACCCGCGCGUGAAAAACAGUCUCCACAAGAUGCUUCGGCUCGUCCGUCGCCGUCGAUCGCAUGCCAUGCUUCUCCCUCGAAGAACGGACCUCCGUCUUCGCCUUCCUCGGCUGUCUCUGCAUCCGAGCGCGGCUUCCCGCCACGUGACGCGGAGGGCGCGGGGCCGUCGCAUGCGGCCUCGCCACCGUCAGAAUCUGCAUGCAGUGGAAGCGGUUCUGGGGCUCCCGCGGCGAUCUGUUCGCCUCCGCCUCCAGGCGUCCCUUCGGCUGCACCCUCUGCGCCUUUCUCGAUGCGCCCUCCUGUACGGUCUGUCUCCGCGAGUGGGUCAUCCUUGUUCUCUUUCCCGGGGCCCGCGCCCGCCCCGUACCCCGCGUCUGCUUCGCCUUACUCUCUGCCGUCGUCGUUCUUUGGGCCACCUUACUGCGGCGCGGGCGUGCCCGUCUCUCCUGUGGCGGCGUCGUACCCUCCAGCUCGCCCGUUUGCCUCUCCCGAUGCCCACAACCUCUGCUCGGGCUCUGCGCAGUUCGGCGGCCCAGCGUUUCCCGCGGGCGCCGCCCCAUCGUCUCCGGCCUCGUCUUCAGCCCCAACUUCUGAGCCGGCCCCGGGUUCCUCGCCUGGGCCGUGUCCUCUUGCCUGUUACCGUCCGCACCCGUACCCGCCGUUCCCCCCGUGUCCUCCGGGGAAGCCAUUUUGUUCGCUGGGCCAUCCUUUCAGUCCCUACCCUUCUGGCAUGCCUUCGUUUCCACGACCUCCUUGCUUCUCUUCUGCGCCUCCUCGUCCCGGCCACUCGACUCCUUCCUCGUCUUCUUUCCCCUCUGCGCGCCCUUCCACUCCGGGUCCGACCCCGCCCUCUUGUAGCUUUCCGCAGCCGUGUCCCCCCCCGUCUUCCACAACCUCUUCAUCUGCCUCUUCGUCAUCUUCUUCCUCGUCGUCUGCCUCAUCUACCGCCUCGUCCUGUGCACCACCUUCUGUGCCUGUGCCUUCCGGCAUCGCCUCGGCGACUCUCUCGUCUUGGCCGUCUUGUGACGCCUCGGGAGUCGCCCCUUCGCCGGGACAAUUGGAGGAGGCAAGUGGGGACUUCUCGUCUGGUCCGAAGGGCGGGGACUGGACUCGUCCGUCUUCUCUGCCCCCGUCUGCCUUUCGAUUCCCCGCUCCGUCCCUUCCGCCGAGGGUGAGCCCUGGGGACAUGGCGCUGGGUGGACCGUCCACGUCUUCGGCUCCCCCUGGGUCUCUUCCGUUCUCUUCCUUCCCUCCGUUCCCGUGUCCUCCUCUCCUGCCACCGGGGCCCGUGGGCGAUUGCUUUGGAGAUCCCCGCGGGAUGGCGCCCAGGGACUUCCCGGCCUUCGGCCUGCGUGCUUCGUCUCCAACGGCCUCGCUGGCCGCUUCUCUCUUUCCGCCGCCGUCGCCCCCUGCGUUCCCAGGCUCGUCUGCUCCGUUCGCGCCGGCGUCACGGUGCGCGUCGUUCAUGUCCUUCUGUGCGGAGCCCCAAGCUGUCUCCUCGCCUUCAGCUUCUGGCGAGUCGCUCGCGUCGUGUCUCCCUGCGCCGCCACCGGAGAUCCUCGUCCCCCCGUUCUUUGGGGCGAAGUCGUCUCUGAAGCCUUUCCCACCGGCCUGCUGUUUGUAUCCUCCAGAAAUGGCAGAGAGUUUCCGUUACAGCGAAAAAAGGAAGAUGAUGGUGCCGUCGGGAGUGCGCCUGGAGCUGCUGCGCGCCCAGAUGACGCACGUCGACAGCCGCCACACGUUCUACGCGAAUGUGGAGACGGGGAAACGGUUCUUUAGCGAGCGAAGCUUCUUCGAAAUCGCAAAGGAGAACGCUCGACGAUACGACGCGGGCCUUCAGCCUCUGUCCCUAUCGUCGAUCACUUCUCCAACUGCCGUCUUCUUCGCGCCUCUCGCUCCGCAGACCGAGGCCGCGUGCUCGGCGUCGCCCAGUUCCCAAGCAGCCUCCGGUGGGAAGAAGGGGGAGACGGGGAAGAAGGACGGAAACGAACAAGAAGAAAGGGAGAAGCGCGAGAGAGAGGAAGAGAGAGGACGAAGGGAUCUCGAAGAAAAGAUCCGCAUUCACAUGCACGGCCGGCAUCUCGUGCUCAUGCUGGAGGCCCCUGCGCACUUGUCAGGCGCCCAUCGCGCUAUUCCGCUGCCGUGGGAGAAGACCGUGGCGGGCAUCUCCUCGCCGUGCCAGGAAAGAGACGGGCGAGACAGUCACUCCCAGGCGCUUGCCGACGCCAGUGAGGUCGACGCGCCUCGCGCAGAAGAGACAGGAAACGAGGUUCCACAGCUCAAGAACCCCGCGUCUACGGCGGGGGGAAGCAUGGCGCGCACAGAGGCGCCUGAGGGAAAGGACGAGAAGACAGACUCUGACCGUCUCGCCGCCGUACCCACCUCUACCCUUUCGGCAGGGACAGCGUCUCCGGCCUGUUCUUCCGCGGCGGGGGCUGCGUGCCAAGGGGACUCCGUGGAGGUGUCGGGUGGAGGCGACGGCGCCGUGGGGCCAACGCAGCGAGUGAGCUUGAGCGGUGUGAGCGGCGAGAAGGCGAACAAAGAGAGGAAGGAGGGGACAGGAGAUACAGCAGUCACGAAGGAAGAUGGAGAGGAACACAACAGAAUCCGACUCGAAACAGCAGGCUCUGUCGCGGUCGGAGAGGGCGAGCAUGCGGAGAGAGUGUGCCGAACGGGGUGGACCGAUGAGGAGCGGCGCAAAGGUGACGGCGGUUUAGGCUGUGAAACAAAGGACGGGAACGGAGAAACGAGAAGAAGCGCGAGAGAACAGAGCGAGGGAGGACAAGGGGGAGAACAGGAAGAACGUCUUGAGAACCCGACAAGGUUUUUGGCUCUGCACGGAGGCGAGAAGGAGAACAGAGGCGAGAACGGUGGUGAAAGUGCAGGGGGCGUCUACGUAUCUGUACAUGAUUCCAAUAAGGAACAUGACAGCAAGGCGGGAGGCGAUGCCGCGGGGCACACGCGCGUCAAGGAAGAGGACGCAUCGAUGACGGAAAGAGGGCAGCAGAACGAGGCCAUGGAAGUGGACGGGAAACAGUCCCAAGAGGAGCCGAGAGAGGAAGAGGAGGACAUGGUUGUUUUUUCGAAAAAGAACGAGGCCGCGUGCCCGGACGCAAAGGCGAACAAGGAAGAUGAGACGUGCACAGCGAAAGGGAGGCUGAUGGCAUCGACUGCUUUCGGGACGGAAGUCGAGAACCUCCUCUGGCGCUUCGCAGCUCUGAUGGAUGAAAAGCGCGCAAUGUGCGCGCGACUGCUAGUCUCCAUAGAGCGCGAGAAGAGGCCUGACUGGCGAGCGUGGGCGGAAGUCGAGGCUCGCAUGCUUCGGCACUACAUUGAGCAGAGCGCCAAGUCGAGUUUGGACACUCGCCACACGUACACCUUGACUCAGCAGUCGCGAGACAUUUUGCGGCUGCGCAUCAGCUGCACGUCCAGCGGCCGCCUCCCUCCGGAGUGGGCAGAGCGCGCGCUUUGCACAGUGUGCGGGAGCGGCGAAGACUGGGACGAAGACCCGAUCAUGUUCUGCGACGGCUGCUACCAGCCAGUCCACUUUCUCUGUCUGGGCCACAGAGCCGUGAGCAGCUACGAGGAAUUCGUGAAGGCCUCGACGACGCGGAGACAGCGGCGCGUCGCGCAAGCUGGCGGCGAUCAAGGCCUCGCGCCGGCGACUGCGCGCGAGCGGGGCAGUGGCCCGAAACGCGACAAGAAGAAGAGCGAGCGCGCCAAGGACGAGAAGAACAAACCCCGCGGUUCUUCCGGCGAGGCGAGCUCUACGUCUCUCUCUGCGUUUGGGGGCCCGCAGCCGGGACCUCAAGGCCAGAUAGACGGCGCGUCGAACGACCCGUGUGCUCAGCGCGCAUCUCGUCUCGCUGACGGCGAGGAGCCUUCGGGCGCGAAUCCGCCUGCAGACUCCAACCACGCGCGCCGGCCGGUGUGUGGAGCCGGCGGAUUCGCCUUCAGGGAAGACGAGGAAGAGUGGCUGUGCCCGGUCUGCGAAUGGUUGCGGAAGCAGUUGCCGCAGCUGGACGACGAGCUUGCCCUCGCGGCGAUUCGCUUGGCUGCAGGGCCGCGCUCGCUCGGCGAGGCUGCGGAGUGUCGUGGGAGCUACGUGGGAUGGCACUUUGAGCGCCUCGAGCGCUUCGACUCCUGGGUCAGGCCCCAGCUUCUCGCGCUGCAGUACGGGGACGGCCGACGCAGAAGAAAGGGCCGAGCGCCAGCGGACUCCGGCGCGCUCGGCCACGGUCGGAAGGACAACCGACACGGCCGACGAGAUCGAGGGACCUCCGCCUCCGAGAAGGGCGCCGGAUUCGGCUUACAUUCGGGCGACGCCGACGGCGUCGCGACUCUCCACGCGAACGGCGCGUACUCCGUCCAGGAACUUCUGGCGUGGCCGGCCGUGCGGGUCGUCGCCGAUGGCGGCGGCUUGUGCGCGAACGCCGCCCAGAGCAGCCGGAGCAGCACGAGUCGCGGGAGUGCGGCGGGGCGCGGGCCGGGGGCGUUCGGCGACACCGCGGGCGCGCAAGGCGACGGCUCGGGCCUCGCGCUUCGGACGGAGAAAGACGACCAGGAAGGCCGAUUCCGAAAAGCGGAGUCGGAAGAGGGUGGGAGCCGGCCAGGCGUUCGCGGCGCAGGACCGAAGGGCUGCAUUUCUUCGCUCGCGCAGACGAUGCUCGGCGCCCGGAUGUUGCCGGCCUGGGCGACAGACGAAGAGGCCGCGAGAAGUUCGAGUCGGGGCUCCGCAGAGCGUGGCGAGUUCUCCGCCGCAGGCGACGGCCGGCGACUCGGAGGGGGGCGCCUGGGAGACAGAUCCGCAGAGCUCGAGGAUGAAUUGCGGAGAGGCAAGGGAGAAGAAGAGCUCGGGAGAGAUUCCUGGAGCCGCCCGUUCUCUGCCGACACCGGAGGGCCUUCCGCUGGCAAAGGCGGCCGAGAGAGACACGCCGCCGGCGUCUCUUCCUUGGCCGCCCCUGAGGACGCAACCCCGGCGGUGGACUACAUCCGAAGGGUGCCGUACACUUUCUCCGAUUCCUCCGGAGACGAGGGGCCUUCAGGAAAGGAUGGAGACACGCCAAUUCUCUUCUGUCAAUACACCGCAGGGAGCCCGACAGCUUCGAGUCCCUCGUCGAGCGCAGCCCGUCGGACGCCGACGCAAGAGGACAUGCAGACAGGGCCCUUCGCCGUUUCUCGUGAGGGGCCACCGUCGAACAAAUUCUCUCCAUUUUCGUCCUUUUCGCCAUCGUGCGGAAUGCGCCACAACGCCCACGCCGGCGGCUUCUCUCCGAGCAGUGGCGAACCGGGGGCGACUCUGACGAGCAAGAACUACUGCAGCAAGGAUCCCCGACGACGAUGUGUCGUCCGCGUCUUCCCCGUCCCUGGCCUCAGUGUCGUCUUGCGCAUUCCCGUCUGUGCUCUCUGCGGCUACGACGCCUUCUGCCGCGGGGGCGGACCUGCAAGGAAAUCCGACAAGAAGGGGGUGUGGACGCACUUGCGCUGCGCCCUGAGCCUGAACGCGACAGUCACGGACCGCGUCAGUUACGAGGCGGACGAGUCCCGCAGCAGACUUCGGUGUCUCUUCUGCCACUACCAAGGCCCCGCCCCGGGGCAGUGCGGCCACGCAGGCUGCCAGCGAACGUACCACGUCAGCUGCGCGACGGCGACGCCUGGCUGCAUGGUCGACUGGGACAUGGGACGCCCUGUCAUCUUCUGCAGUCAGCAUGCAAAGAACAAGGCGCCGACUCUGAUUCUCCGGAAAUUCCAGGCGAACCGCGAACGGGAAGCAGUGAAACGCCGCGAGGAAGACCUACCCGGCGAGUGGAAGUUCGGGAACGGGAAGGGACACUUGGGGAUCACCCUCCAGUCGCUUUUGUUUCCGAGCUACGACGGCCUGUGCGACGUUUUCGCAGACCUUCUGGGACUCCCUGCGCUUCGUUUGCCGGCGCUGGGCCCCGCCGACGCGGAGACGCCUCAGCGCCUCGAGGGCGGGGCGAGCCUCUCGGGAGCGCAAAGGAGCGACGAGGGCGAAGGCAGAGAGUGCCCGGGCGUUCGCCUAUCGAAGGAGACGGGGAUGGCCGCGAAAGAGCCGGAGCAGAGAACGGAGACUGAACGGGAAGCCAAGACGAGCAGAAAAGGGGAAGGCGAAAAGGAAGAAGAGAGUGCCGCAGACAGCAACCUGGCGAGAAGACAGCCCGUCUCGGGGGAUGCCGGCGACCAGGACGACGAAGAGGAAGGGCGGUUCGCGAGGAAACCGUCAUGUCGGAGACGGCGGCGCGUAGAAGACAGCGACGCUGAGGAAGAUCUUGGCGGAGAAGAGAAAGAGAAAGCACAGGAACUGAGCCGCGUUGGCGGCAAAGCCACAGAGGCCUCGUUCGACACAACAGCCCGUGAGUGUGUGAUGGAUGGCGCCUUCCCCGAACAGGCGAAGGAAGCUGUCGAGGCAGGAAGAAGCAUGGACAAGAGUGACGGAGACACUUGUGCGUCGGAGGGGCGGUCGCCAAAGAACGCCGGGUCAGGUGUAGGUUUCGGCCCACGUGACCGCGGCGCUCGCGUGGAAGAACAGGGAGGAGAAGGGAGCGAGAAAGCAGUAAAGGCGGUGGGAGUCCAGGAAAGCAAAGUAGAAUGUUCGAGCAGCGCGAGGGGGGCUCUGCUGGAGAACUCUGGCAGUGGUGCGUCUGAGAAAAGCGCCUUCGCUGCGGCAGAUGCAAGGGCCGAGGCCGAGAGUCAGUCGCUUGACGCGUCGGAAAGUGAACCCCCACAUGCGUCUUUUGCCGCCCAUGCGAGGAGCCAACAACCUCACGAAGAGGCCCAGUGUUCUCCUCUCCUUGCAGCUUCUUCAGGGGACGCGACGAGCGCCGGCGGAAACGUGAGCGCGUCGGGCGUGGUGAAAGUACGUGGAGGCGAGGAGAGAGACAGCGAAGCGCGAGGCGGUCUCGAACGCACAGAAGAGGGAGACGGACGGAGCGACGGAGCGCAACCGGACACGGCGAAAGAAAGUGGGAACCUUCCAGUUGACGACUUGCGCGCUCCAGCCGCUGCGAGUGAAUCCAGAUCUUUUUCGGGCCUGCAGAAGGUCGAGGAAGAGAACGGACAGCAGAGGACGCAGGGAACCUCUUGCGCGGGGCAGUGCGCCGCGCCACUGGAUGCCUGGACGUGCUCCGCGUCCGGUGCGAUGAAACCGACUGUCGCCGCAUCUGCCGCGGAGGAGCAAGGCGGGGCGGAAAACGUUCCUGCGGGGACUUCGCCGUCCUCACCGAGUUCCUGUUCUCACGAACGGGGCCUGCCUGUCUCUUCCGAUUUGCUCCGCGAAGACGCAGGCCGCAGCGGGGAGGUCCCGGUGUCUCCUCCGGCGGCCCAAGCCGAGAAAUGUCCUGCGGAUGCCGCCCCGGCGAAGGCCCGAGAGAGCGAAGAACCGCACGGCGAAGAGAGAGAGAAGACCACGGAACGCAGAGAUUCGCUUUCGGUGGGAAACGGCGAGGACGCGUGGGGCGCGGCGGGGGGUGAUGGAGAUAUGCAGAGCUCGUCAAAAGGACAGAAGGGAAAUAGUGAGGCGGCCGGUCUUGAUCAAGCAGACGCCGCGUGCCCCGUAUCUACGGCGCGAGCCCCAGCAGCCGGCGCGUCUGGGGACGAGAGUGGGCUCGGCCGGGACGGAGACGGCGGAGCGGUGAGCGCAGAGCGAGGCGAAUGGUUCGCGGAAAGCGAAUCAAAGGCCGAGACGACUCAUCUGUCUCUUCCCUUGCGACCUGACGAAUGCGCGCCAGCAGCGUCUGCGCGGCGUUUCGAGGGAACGGACGACCGCUGUCUCUCCAACGGCCCGACGCCUUCGACCGCGGGUGUCUCCGCGCGUGUUUCUUCGUGUGACUCCGGAGACCGCACGGAGGGCAAAGACGGCCAGACUAUGGAAGGGCAUCUGAGCCAGUGGAAGGCCUGCGCGGCGCGAGGCGGCGGUCUGUCUCUAGCGGGAGAAGGUGGGAGCCUCAGAGAACAGCGUGGAGUCUCGGAAGACUGCGUGGGUCUCUCGGCCGCGUCUUCUCUCCCAGAUGUGGACAGCAGCGCGUCACGCCGUCUGGACGCAAACAGCCCGGUUCUCCCACACGCUGCCCGAGACCUCGACUCCUUCGCAGCUUCGUAUCCGCAAAAUGGCGUCUCCAGGGCGGCCUCGGGGCAAGGGGAAGGCCUUCCCGCGGUUCCGGAGCUCGCCCCCCCGUUCUGUCACACCGGCGGUCUGGACUCCCUGCAGCGUCCCCGCGCGCCGACGCUCCCUUUGUCUCGGGGCGACUGGGGCGAGGCGAGCUUUUUCUCUGCUUCGGGCGGCGGCUCGAGCUCGGCGAACGCGCCGCCUUCGAGCACCGGCGACCCGCCGCCGCCGCACCGGAAGCGCCGGGGCAGGCCCCCGCUGGCGCGUCGGUCUCAGGGGGCGACGCAUCAGGAUGCGAUGAAACGACACGCGGACCGAGAGAGACUCUCUUCCUACCUGGCUUCGAAAAAUGCUUCUGCUGGCGGACUGUCUCGUGGGCCUCUGGACCUCGGAGGCGCGUGUGGCGACAAGCGACGGAGCAGUUUCCAUCUCGCGGGGCGCGGGGCGCCGAACCUGCCUGAGCGGGGGCCAGGAGGGCGAUUUCUGCCGCGCGGCCAUCGCGAAAACAGUGCGCAGACGCCAGGGUCGGACGCCGGGUCGGGCAGAUUUUACCAGAAACAGCGCCCAGGGUCACUCUCCGAGUUCGCCCAGGUCGGGGGGGACAGGCGCGUCGGGGACUCCGAAGACGAGAGCGAGAACGCGCAGCACGAGAACCGUGAACUUCAGGCCCGCGAGGAGGCGCUGUAUCAGCAGCGCAUGCGUCAGAUGCAAAUUCUUUUCCAGCUCCAGACGCUCGCGCGAGAGCGCCACCGGAAGCUUCUGGGCAACGACUUUGAACUCACGGGACUCCUCGGGUCAGACGCGGGGGCCCUGGGCCUCGGGUACCCCCUGCAGGCCGGGGCGGGCUUUCCGCUUAGUCCCCUGCACGGCAACUCCCCCUCGAACUUCUUCGCGAAGCGUGUCCCUCGUUUGCUCGACUCGGCCGCCGCGCUCGCCGUCCGGCGUACCUCCACGAUUGACUCGGCGGCGACUGCCGGUGAGCAGGCGCGAAGCGGCGCGCCAGGAGAAGCCGGGCGGGACGGGGCAGCUGAGGAGAGUGCAGAGGGGCGAAGUGUGGGGCGCGAGGAGGGCGAAGCCGAAGAGAAGAAAGACAGCGUUUCCACGCAAGGUGCCUGCGACAUUUCAGCUUCUUCCGGGUUGGCGGAGGUCGAGGGCGAGGCUGCGAACAGGGGAAAGGUAACUUUGCGGAGAGACGGGUCCGCAUGCAGCGGCUCGUUGCUCGCGUCUUUUUCGUCGCCUGUGGACUUCCUGCGUUUGACCACAAUCAAAGACUGGGGUUUGCCGCACCACACCGGGGACGAGAAGCUCUUCAAAUGUGCUUUUGAGGAGACCAAGGCGGCAGACGUUCUCGGUGUUGACACAUACGACCGCUUCCUGGCUCGGCAAGGCGUCCAGAACGUGGCGCGUCUCCUCGAUGCAGUCGUGGACCUCCUGCUGUUCUUCCUUCUCCGGGGCGUCUACUGCGCCGGACCGUCGACCGCGCUCCUGGCGGCUCUCGGCGAAGGCAAAGCUCCGGCUGCCGCUCCUUCGCGACCCCCCAGUCUCGCCCUGGCUCUCGAGGCACCGUCUGCGGGCGAGCGAGCGACGCGAAAGGCGACGGAGGAGAGGCAAGAAGACGCGGAGCGGCCCACCCUUCCCGCCUGCGACGAAGAGCCGCUGUGUGCGCUCAUCGACGCGGUUCGCCAGCUCGGCCGAGGUGCGGAGCUGGACUUCUGGAGCGAGGCACAGCCGGCGGCGAGACCGAAGGAAGAAAGCGCCUCGGACAGCUCGGGAGUCGCGCGGAAGCACGUCGGCCUGAAGCCGGAAGCGCCAGGCAGGCAGAGUGCGGAACCGGGCGGCGAUCCGGCGACCUCAACACGGUCUGCUGAGGACUCGACCAAGGCGUUUUUAAACCGGGUUCGGCACUUCAAUCGCCAACAAGAGGACUACAUCACGGUGUGCUCUCUGUGUGGCGCGUUGGGCAAGAACAGCCGCGCAGCCAAGACGGGAGUCUUUUCGGUCCCCGAUUCGCCGUCCGGGUCUUCUGAGAGCCCGAGCGGCGUGGCGUACGUGUCCAGCGCGUUCUCCUCGCGGACCUGCGCAGCGUCCGUUGUCGAUUUGCUGACUUGUCGAUGCUGCAACGUGCGCGUCUGUCGGGCGUGCUGGGCCCAGACCGGUCGGGACGCCCCGCCGUCCUUCGCGGUCGCCUGCCUCGCUUCGGGGUCUCUCCCGACGAAGGCGUCCUCGCAGCCGGCGUCUCUCGGAGGUGCGUCGUCCGCGUUUCUCUACUCAAGGUACGGCGCGUCGAGCUACGCAAACAGCGAAGCAGCUGCGCGGGCCGGGAGACUCCAGAGAAGGCGCGCCUGGAAGGCCACCGAGGAAGACGAUACGGACGAGGAAGGAGACGAGGGCAAGGGUCGCGUGUCCUGGGCGCUGUCGGGGAAGCGUCACCGGGGCGCGAAAGAGGGGUUUGCGGGGCGCCGAGAGCGCGAGAGAGAGGAGAAAGACGAGGACGAAGGCGCAGAGCGAGAUGAGAAGACAGACCAGGAGAGACAUCGGCGAGACGAGCAGGACGCGAAGGGCGCAGAGACGCUCAAGGGAGCGGCGGGCGACGGCGACCGAGAUCGCGAGGCGAGCAGAAAGAGAGCUCUGUUCUCCGACGCGCAGGACCAAGAAGAUCGACGUCUCGAGGAAGACGAGGAAGACGCCCUCGAGUUGAGACGCGGAAGCCGAACGAAAAGCGAGAAGAGCGCCGUGUCGACGAUGGCGACGCGCCGACGCCCGAACGCCUCAGGAGACAGAGAAAACGAGAAGAAAGCAGAGAGACAGAACGAAGAAGAGUCCGACUGGACGUGUCUGAGAUGCGAAGCUGUUCUCAAUGCAUGCACACCUUUCCCCGCGACGCGAUGCAUUCUGUGCUCGCGGAUCGACGGCCUGCUGGUCCGGCGAAUCCCCGAGGACACCCCAAGUCUCACAAGCAACCGAAAAACUGGCGGGACAAGCGUCAGCUCGAGCUUCGCGAGCGCCUCCGGGCGGCAGAACUCACAGAGCGCGGCGCAUGCACAUCCGGCGGACCCGCCGGCGGACCGGAAAGAAGAACAGUGGGUGCACUGGCUGUGCGCAGAAUGGCUGGUCCCCAGUCGACUCGCGGCGACCGCCUCGGAGAACAUUCGGAGCAUCCCCAAGCAGGCCUUUGAGAAACCGUGUCUGUACUGCGGCAUCCAGCAAGGGGCGACGCUGGCCUGUUGUUCCAACGGAUUCCGUUGCUCGGCGAGUUUCCACGUUUCGUGUGCUCGUCAACUGGGUUGCCGCAUGGAGACUCAACGACGGUCCUUAGAUCAGCAGAUUCAUCGCGCCUACUGUUUGGAGCACACAACGCAAAUGAAUCGGAAACUGCUGCAGCAGCGCCUGGCGUCUCACAAACCUUUCGCCCUUCCGCAGCGCAAGGACACGUGGGAUUUGAAUCGGUUCUUUGACCCCCUUCAGCUCCUUAUCACUGACCCCAUUCGGUCAAUCACGUCGCUCUUCCUGGUCGGAAUUCAGCUGGAGCGUGCGCCGCCGCCGGCGCUGCCGUCGUUCGCUGCGUUCAUGACACCGGCGGCCUUGAAGAUGCUCGGCGAGAAGCGGCGCGAGCGGCUGUCUCACGUGGAAUGGAAGAAGGGCGAAAAGGAGAAGCGUGGCCGCGAGGACUUUGACGGCGCGACGAAAGGAAGUCGCCUCGAUCGCGAAGACGCGGUCGGGUCUGCCCAUCCCAGGUUGGGGUCUGGUAGAAGAGAAGAGGAAGACGGCUCGUCUGGGAACGCGGAAGAUAAGGAUGGGUUCUUCGAGGCCGCGCGCGAGAGGAAGAAGCAGCGCCACGACCUGGCAGACGGUCUGACGGGGAAGAGGGCGGGGAGCGGCUCGUCGCGGUGGCCAGGAGACCGGCAUGGCGGGAGCAGCCUCCAGAGCGACGCGGAAGGCAGCCCGUCAGGUGAUCCGCUGCUCACCCCGGGUCCGCCGAGUCCGAUGCAUCUGGAGGAACAGAGGGAACUGUACUGCACGGGGGUUGCGAUAUGCGACGCUCUGUACAAGCAAAGCCGCGCCUUCGAAGAAGAAGCCCUCGAGCUGCCGUCGCCUUCCGCUGAGGCAGACGCGGCCCGCGCGUUGUUCGCCUCCGAGCCUGCCACGCCGGAGUCGCGGGAGAGACGCAGCUGGCUCUGUGGGUACGAUGUGACCGACGGCCUGAUGGACGAGCACGAGCAGACAACGGCGGGGCGGUCGAGUCGGGGCAGCACGAGUCUCGAGCGCGGCCGAGGAGGCUCUGCAUGCGAGCCGGGCGCGAAGCGCAGGCGGGUCUCCGUUUCGGGAGGGCCGGGGGCUGCGGUGUCUCCUGGCGAGGCCGCGUCGAAGGAAAGAAGCGCGCCUUCGUUCCUGACGCGAAGCGGCCUACGCUCUCUGUCAGGCUCGCAUGCGUCGCACUUCGGAGAGUCGGAAGGCCGGGCAAGGCAGUCCGCGACUCCUCUGGACUGCGAGAAGCGGGUGAUUGAUCCCGCGCGGUUGACGUGGUCUCCGCAAGAGUCGCUUCGGCGCCCGAGUUUCCUGGCGCGUCCGGGGCUCGACUUGUUCACUCUGCAGGACGGCGAGGUGCUGCCCGAACCGGCUCUCACGUUCUCGACAGACUCCGAGGCACAGCCCAGCGAGAAGGGCCAAAGGCACGCCGGCGCAGAGUGCAGGAACGCGGCAGGCGCAGGCACCGCCCAGAGCGAGAAAGACAGUCGGACAUCUCCAGACGGAUCUGUCGCGUGCUCGCACCCUGAAACGCGCACAAGCGCGUCACCGUCGCCGCCCACGCCUGAAGCCGACUCGCCCCUCACCUCAGCGUCGCUGGCCUCUUCCACCUUUCCUUGUGAGACCGAGUCUCUCGUGAUGCCUCCGUACCUCUUGCGAGGGAGAGCCGUGGACCUGCCGCAGCUGGCCCGAGGCGUGUGCGCCGCUGCGUCUGCGAGCGCAAGGCUCGCGAGCGAGAGUUGGUACCGAGGCAUCAGCGCCGCAGCCUCCGUGGCUGUGGCGCACGCCGUUCAGGCUGUGUCGCGUGGACGCUUGGCGAAAGGCGAGCAGGGACAGUUCGAAACAGAAGGCGAAGAAGCGACAGAUCAAGCAGGCGCAGCUGGAGAAAAACAGGAAUGCGACCAAGCAGUCCUCGACGUCCUCGCCACAAACCUGCAAAUCGGCCCGCCUGGACAAGUCCAAGGAGAGAAACAACCGAUCUUUUGCCCCAUAUGCAAAGGCAUGUAUAACGAGUUGCCCGACGGCGGCCCUGGAGACGGCUUCGCCUGGGUCGGAUGCGACUGCUGCGAGCGCUGGUACCACUGGACUUGCUCGGGUUUCAACGAAGAAAAUCCACCGCCGGACGACUGCGAUUGGAUUUGCUGGUUUUGCACCGUCAAGAUUCGCAAGGAGGAACAGGAGAGAGAGAGACAAGCACAUGGCCUGCAGUCGAAGGAUAAAAAACCGGGGACAAAGCAUUCCCGAUCUCGGCCUCCGCUCAGGAAAAGAGAUCGAUCCCCGCGUUGGCGAACCGUUUUCUCGGUAAUGGAUGUGCACAAGGGAUGCGCAUCUGAGGAAUCGUUGGUCUCGCAGUUUUCUUUCGGCUAUUGCGUGUUGUCUGCCGUCUAUCUCCAUCCGCCCUGCGAAAAUGAUAGAGCCUAUGAAAGCUGCGUGUAA